UGCACCGUGGCCGAGAAUCUGACCGACCUGAUCCUUCUGCAGAUUCUCUUCUGAUCAACAGCAUACAGGCGGUGGACAUUGCUUCCAACGAACUUUCGUCAGGGAGACGGAUUGAGACUCGCUCGAUUGCUUGCCGUAACCGACAAAGAUUACAAGCCUUGCAGAUAAUUGCACGUAGACGCUAGUAGCUUUUGGCCCUUUGCGUGCGAGAAAGAUAGACUGCGCUUCUGUCGGUUUCCCGAUCAACUAGUGUCCUUCGGAAUCUCACACUCUGCGUGAGAUCAAGGUACUCUAUACCGGACAUUGCUGUGUUUGGAAAAUCCCAAGCGGUCCUUCGUUGUAAGGUUCGGUUCAAUCCAAACCUUCCACACACUGCUGCGAAGACAUCUCGCUACCCGUCACCAACACUUGCUCUGUAGCUACUUCGGGAUCCAACGGCUACUCCUUGGGUUCUGAUUCAAUUUGAUUGACCGUGUUUUUUGUUACUUUUAUCCUCCCCUCUUUUUGUUUCUACUGUAAAAUCCAAAGACGGCGGCUUCUAUUUUCGUGUCUAUUCCUCCACCGACAUUGAUCUCCGCAAUGUCACCGAACGGCAAUGGUUUGCUGACGCUACCCCUCGAACUCCAGGUCCGCCUGUUGACCUACCUUCGUGCGUACGACUUGGCGGCGGUCCAACAAGUCUGUCGGUGCUUUCGUCAGCCCGAGCUCGUCCACGGAAUCGUCGCGCACGCGGCCGAACACGUCUACCCACCGUCCCUCACGCGAGGAUUCGAUCAACAGCCGACACAAAGCGACCCCUAUCGUCCCCUGCCGGCCACCAAAGACCCUCCGGUGGCGAAGAGCAACGCCGAGACCGACCAACGAAACAAACCCUGCUACACCUUUGAACACUUGCGCAAUAUGGAAUUGCUCGUGGUCGCUCGGGUUCUGAACAGCCCGGAACCUUCGACAGGCUACAUUGUCAGCAAGAGUUGGUGUAAAAGUGCCCUGAAGUGGCUCGAGGCACAACAGGAAGAACAACAAGCGGCUAAAACGAACAAGAAAAUUUCGAAAAAAAAGCAACGUUUGCGACAACGCCGUCUAUCUGAUAUUAGUCCACCCUGGCCCAACGUGAAUUCGGAUCUAUUGUGUGAACACUCCUGUUUAAGUCGCUGUUCCAACGGAAAAUCGGCUCGGGCCCGGCGUCGCUACGUUAACAAACAGGCCUGGAAAAUCCUCAAAAAGUUAUAUCCAGACAGUACUUCUCUCGAUGCUACUACUGGGGAAUGCUUACAGUGCUUUGCGGAAUCCGAAAUGAACAAAAAAAACCAGAGAGACGAGGAAGAAUGUCGCAAAUUAGAACGUAAGCGACCUUUGUCGAAUCCAUCGCUUCGCCGGCUGUACACUAGGCGGACCGGAGUACCACUGCACGCGAUUCGUCGCGCCGAGGUGACAGUAUUCUCGAGUACGGACAGCGCAGUUGCGACGCCGUGUGAGAAAAUUGCUCUAGCAACGCCUUGCCCGCUCCGAGACGGCAAGUACUUUGUGUUGCCCCGAGCUUGGUGCCACCAAUGGCGUCGGUAUAUGAAAACCGGUGAAGGUGGUCCUUGCCCGGCACCAGAUGCGGCGGGUCUUCUCUGCGACGCGCACCGCCUUCCCUUGUUGCCACCGCAUCUCGAGGCGUACCUCGAGGGACAGGCUACCGAGCUGUUCGCCUCGAACGAGACGGAAAUAAUGCCCGCGAUGGUCCUUGCCACACCUCCCGCAGCAGCUGUGAAUGGACCAAUGAUCCUUCCCGGGCAAGGACCGGAUCAAGCAACGCUCCAGGCUAUGCGGGAGGCAGGUCUCGGUGAACACCAAAUUGGACAGCAGCUUUCGGCGUUGCGAUUGUUGGAGACUCAACAACGACAAUACAUUCAACAACAGCCACACGUCAUGCUCGACAACAUUGACGCUCCCGUCGCCCGCAACCCUCCCAACAAAAACGAGUUGCUGGAUCGCGAAAACCAUUCGGUCGUCGAACUCUUGGCGGAAGAAGAAUAUCAGGCUCUAGAAAGCUGCUACAAGGGUGUCUCGUCGUUUGCGCUGCGAUUGGACGUGGUGCACGGGGUCGCAAACUUGUCAACGCCCCCCUGUCGGGCAUGUGACGCCUCGGGCCGGGCGAGUCGGGCUCUGGUGGUCAAAAACAGGGCCCGAUCGUGGGUCAAGAAGUCGGGUGAUCAACCCCGGGCUCCCGCGAGUUUGGAAUACUGA